AUGAUAAGAUUGUUUGAAGGUAUCAGACUCGUUGGCGGUGCAGGGCCAUUUGAAGGAAGAGUAGAGUUGAAUAUCAAUGGACAAUGGGGUACAAUUUGUGACACCGAUUUCGAUUUAGCAGAUGCUGAAGUGUUAUGUCGAAUGGCAGGAUACUCUAGGGCACUGCAAAGGUUUUAUAGGGCUUACUUCGGCGAAGGAACUGGUCAAGUUUUUCUCGACCAUUUAAGAUGUAGGGGAAAUGAACAACAUCUGGAUAGCUGUCCAUCCAGUGGAAAGCCUGGAAAAUUUACGACAGAAGGUAUCAGACACGUUGGCGGUGCAGGGCCAUUUGAAGGAAGAGUAGAGUUGAAUAUCAAUGGACAAUGGGGUACAAUUUGUGACACCGAUUUCGAUUUAGCAGAUGCUGAAGUAUUAUGUCCAAUGGCAGGAUACUCUAGCAUUAGAUUUGUUGAUGGUCCGGGACCAUUUGAGGGAAGAGUAGAGAUUAAUAUAAAUGGACAAUGGGGUACAAUUUGUGAUAAACAAUUUGGAUUGGCGGAUGCAGAAGUGUUGUGUCGAAUGGCAGGAUAUUCUAGGGCCCUACAGGCUUUUGUUGGUGGUUCCUACGGAGAAGGAACUGGUCCAGUUUUUUUCCAAAAUUUAGGAUGUAAGGGAAACGAAAAACAUCUCGAUAGCUGUUCAACAAGUGGCUUAUUUGCCACAUCGUGUAGACAUAGCCAAGAUGUAGGUGUAGCUUGUUUGAAUACAACUACAGGAAUUGAUAAUGAUUCAUCAACAAAAGAUAAAAAUUCAGAAACAGGAAGAAAAAGAUCAAGUUCUGCUUCAGAAAAUGAAAAAGUGGAUACAACAGAAUCCAAGAAGUGUAAGAAUACAGUAAGAAUGACUGAAAUUGGUACUAUUAAAAACUUGAAAAGAUAUGUAGAUAAAACAGAGAAAGAAAGAAAAAGAAAAACAGAUAUGUCUAAAGAACUUAUAAAAAAUAUAUGUAAUAUGUGA